CUGGUCGUUUUAAGUCCAUAGUCGGUGCCUUUAAGUUUGUAAUAUUUGGUUUUGUCAAAAUGUUUGAAUUGUAUGGGUCGUGGGCAUUUGUAUGCGGGGUUAUUUGGUCAUAUGCGGUGUACUCGGUGGAAUGUGAUGUCCAACUCUGUGUCCGGGGACAGCUUGAGGGUGCCCGUGGUUUUCCAGGAGUGAAGGGAGUAAAAGGGGAGCAAGGAAAGAUUGGACCUGUGGGACCAAUAGGGCCUCCUGGAGCACGCAGUGUAGAACCAGGACCAAAGGGGUCCCCAGGGGCUGUUGGACAGCCAGGCAAGCCAGGAUUACCAGGUGAUCCUGGGAGACCUGGGAAAGAGGGUGAUGCUGGAAAACGAGGAGAUAUGGGGGACAGGGGAGAGAAAGGCGACCAAGGAGAAGCUGGAAAAAUGGGGCCAGCUGGUCCAUCGGGUCCAAAGGGAGAUGAAAUAACAGGUCCACGAGGGGACAGAGGCUCUCCAGGGCUUGCAGGAGAGAAGGGAGAGCCUGGUGCAGCAGGACCAACAGGACCCAGAGGAGACCGGGGAGAGACUGGAACCAAAGGAGAGAAGGGUCUACCUGGUUCUCCAGGCACGACUGGAGAGAGAGGUCCACUUGGGGAAAAGGGUAACACAGGAGACAAAGGUGCUGCUGGCAUUAAAGGACAAAGAGGAGCAGCUGGUGAACAAGGAGAGCCUGGAAAAGAUGGGGCACAGGGAUCUCCUGGGUCUAAAGGAGAUAAGGGAGAGAAGGGCAUAGGACAGUCAGGUCCUCCUGGUCUGGUCGGCCCUCCUGGUUUAAAGGGGGAUCCCGGCCUUCCUGGUGAAGCUGGUCCUCCAGGGCUCCAGGGGAAGACUGGUGAUCGCGGGCUGCCUGGCCAGAGAGGAGAAACUGGACAACCAGGACCUCCAGGACAAGUGGGAGAUAAGGGUCUUCAAGGCUUUCCAGGCCCUGCAGGAAAUGUUGGAGCUCCUGGACCUCCUGGAGAGGCCGGCGAGGACGGUCUUCCUGGAUUGAAUGGAGAGAAAGGGUCAACAGGUGACAGUGGGCCCAAAGGAGAAAAAGGGGUGAAGGGUCAAGAUGGAGCACAAGGGGAGCAGGGUCUGAAAGGAGAGCCAGGAGAAAGAGGACUGACUGGAGCCCAGGGUGACCGUGGCCCUGAUGGACAGAGGGGGGCACAGGGAUCUCCUGGGUCUAAAGGAGAUAAGGGAGAGAAGGGCGUAGGACAGUCAGGUCCUCCUGGUCUGGUCGGCAUUCGUGGUUUAAAGGGGGAUCCCGGCCUUCCUGGUGAAGCUGGUCCUCCAGGGCUCCAGGGGAAGACUGGUGAUCGCGGGCUGCCUGGCCAGAGAGGAGAAACUGGACAACCAGGACCUCCAGGACAAGUGGGAGAUAAGGGUCUUCAAGGCUUUCCAGGCCCUGCAGGAAAUGUUGGAGCUCCUGGACUUCCUGGAGAAGCAGGCUCUCCUGGUACAGACGGGGCCAAAGGAGACAAGGGGCAAGAUGGUGUUGGUGUCCCUGGUUCCAAAGGAGAGAGAGGAGAACAAGGGCCCAGAGGCGAGGACGGUCUUCCUGGAUCAGAUGGGGAGAAAGGGUCAACAGGUGACAGUGGGCCCAAAGGUGUGCUGGGAGAAAAAGGGGUGAAGGGUCAAGAUGGAGCACAAGGGGAGCAGGGUCUGAAAGGAGAGCCAGGAGAAAGAGGACUGACUGGAGCCCAGGGUGACCGUGGCCCUGAUGGACAGAGGGGUGCCAAUGGUUUACCAGGAGAGAGGGGAGAAAAAGGGGAACAAGGAGAGAUUGGACCUGUGGGACCAAAGGGGCCUCCUGGAGCACGCAGUGUAGAACCAGGGCCAGAGGGGCCCCGAGGGCUUGCUGGAGAGCCAGGCAGUCAAGGAUUACCAGGUGUUCCUGGGGAACCUGGGAAAGAUGGUGAUGCUGGAAAACAAGGAGUUAAGGGGGACAGGGGAGAGAAAGGUGACCAAGGAGAAGCUGGAAAAAUGGGGCCAGCUGGUCCAUCGGGUCCAAAGGGAGAUGGAAUAACAGGUCCGCAAGGGGACAGAGGCCCCCCUGGUGAGGCAGGACAAACAGGACCCAGAGGAGACCGGGGAGAGAAGGGCAUAGGACAGUCAGGUCCUCCUGGUCUGGUCGGCCCUCCUGGUUUAAAGGGGGAUCCAGGCCUUCCUGGUGAAGCUGGUCCUCCAGGGCUCCAGGGGAAGACUGGUGAUCACGGGCUGCCUGGCCAGAGAGGAGAAACUGGACAACCAGGACCUCCAGGACAAGUGGGAGAUAAGGGUCUUCCUGGUUCUCCAGGCACGACUGGAGAGAGAGGUCCACUUGGGGAAAAGGGUAACACAGGAGACAAAGGUGCUGCUGGCAUUAAAGGAGAAAGAGGAGCAGCUGGUGAACAAGGAGAGCCUGGAAAAGACGGGGCACAGGGAUCUCCUGGGUCUAAAGGAGAUAAGGGAGAGAAGGGCAUAGGACAGUCAGGUCCUCCUGGUCUGGUCGGCCCUCCUGGUUUAAAGGGGGAUCCAGGCCUUCCUGGUGAAGCUGGUCCUCCAGGGCUCCAGGGGAAGACUGGUGAUCGCGGGCUGCCUGGCCAGAGAGGAGAAACUGGACAACCAGGACCUCCAGGACAAGUGGGAGAUAAGGGUCUUCCUGGUUCUCCAGGCACGACUGGAGAGAGAGGUCCACUUGGGGAAAAGGGUAACACAGGAGACAAAGGUGCUGCUGGCAUUAAAGGAGAAAGAGGAGCAGCUGGUGAACAAGGAGAGCCUGGAAAAGACGGGGCACAGGGAUCUCCUGGGUCUAAAGGAGAUAAGGGAGAGAAGGGCAUAGGACAGUCAGGUCCUCCUGGUCUGGUCGGCCCUCCUGGUUUAAAGGGGGAUCCAGGCCUUCCUGGUGAAGCUGGUCCUCCAGGGCUCCAGGGGAAGACUGGUGAUCACGGGCUGCCUGGCCAGAGAGGAGAAACUGGACAACCAGGACCUCCAGGACAAGUGGGAGAUAAGGGUCUUCCUGGUUCUCCAGGCACGACUGGAGAGAGAGGUCCACUUGGGGAAAAGGGUAACACAGGAGACAAAGGUGCUGCUGGCAUUAAAGGAGAAAGAGGAGCAGCUGGUGAACAAGGAGAGCCUGGAAAAGACGGGGCACAGGGAUCUCCUGGGUCUAAAGGAGAUAAGGGACAGAAGGGCGUAGGACAGUCAGGUCCUCCUGGUCUGGUCGGCACUACUGGUUUAAAGGGGGAUCCAGGCCUUCCUGGUGAAGCUGGUCCUCCAGGGCUCCAGGGGAAGACUGGUGAUCGCGGGCUGCCUGGCCAGAGAGGAGAAACUGGACAACCAGGACCUCCAGGACAAGUGGGAGAUAAGGGUCUUCCUGGUUCUCCAGGCACGACUGGAGAGAGAGGUCCACUUGGGGAAAAGGGUAACACAGGAGACAAAGGUGCUGCUGGCAUUAAAGGAGAAAGAGGAGCAGCUGGUGAACAAGGAGAGCCUGGAAAAGAUGGCUCUCCUGGUACAGACGGGGCCAAAGGAGACAAGGGGCAAGAUGGUGUUGGUGUCCCUGGUUCCAAAGGAGAGAGAGGAGAACAAGGGCCCAGAGGCGAGGACGGUCUUCCUGGAUUGAAUGGAGAGAAAGGGCCAACAGGUCCCCCAGGGGUCCGUGGGCUUCAGGGAGAGAAGGGUGAAAUUGGACUGCGAGGUGACAAAGGAGAGAAGGGUCUGAGUGGAGAGCCAGGAGAAAGAUCCAUUGGCGUCCCAGGCACCCGAGGCCCUGGUGGACAGAAGGGUGACCGAGGAUCCAAGGGGGAAUGUGGAGACCCUGGACUCAAAGGCAAGCAGGGGGAACCUGGUAUUAAUGGACGACCAGGCAAAGCAGGACAACAAGGUAAACAGGGAGCUAUCGGACAUUUCGGUGUUCCUGGGAUCCCUGGAAAAGAGGGGCUAGUCGGCCCUAAGGGUGACCGUGGUUUUGACGGGAUUCCAGGACAGAGAGGACCUCAGGGAGAGAAAGGUGAAAGGGGUAUUGGUGUACCUGGCUCUCCUGGUCCCAGUGGAGUGCAGGGGCCCCCUGGCAAUCCUGGCCCUCUAGGACUAAUUGGUGCUAAAGGGCCUGAGGGGCUUCAAGGACAGAAGGGAGAGAGAGGGCCAAUCGGUCCCACCAUGAUUGGUCCACGUGGUAUCCCAGGUAUCCCGGGAGAGAGAGGAGAACCGGGAGAAGUGGGUCCAGAGGGAGCCAAGGGAGACAGAGGAGUACCAGGCAUGACAGAGGAUGAGAUCAGAGAGUAUGUUCGCUCAGAGAUGAGUCGGCUCCGUGGUGAGUCUUUCAUGCAGCCUGAAUUGCUAAUUUAUGACUACUGA